AUAAUAAUAAUAAUAGUGUAUCAUAGCUACCCACCCACCCAACGCCCCCACAAAAAAGUCCCAUUCAUAAUUCGUUUCUCUCUCACCUCUCUCUCUCUUCUUAUAAUCCAAUCCAACCCCGGCCCCCAUGAGUCUUUAAAUUAAAACACACCAUCUAAUCUUCCUAACUCAAACCAUCACAUAUAUACUACUACGUAGUACUCCAACACACACAACAACUAAUAAUGGGUCUUGAUCAAGAUGCCAACAACAAUAACAAUAAUAAGUCCUCCUCCUCAGGCCUCGAGCUUGUUCUAGGGUUAUCUCUCACCACCACCACGGCCACACCACCUCCUCCGUCAAGCAAACCCAAGCCGUAUUCCUGUCAUCAUGAGGCACCAGAGCCAUCUCUAACGCUGGGUCUAUCCGGCGAGAGCUUCCAGCAGGUUCUGAAAAGCAAUAAUAAUAAAGGCGCAGAGGAGCCUACAAGUGGUGAAAUGUGUAGACAGGCUUCAUCGCCACACAGUAGCGCAGUUUCGUCGUUCUCAAGUGGGGGGUGCAGGGUGGUGGGGGCGUGCGUGAAGAGGGAGAGGGAUCUUAGCAGCUGUGAAGAGGCAGAUGGUGAUGGCGAUGGCGAGAGAGUUUCUUCGAGAGUGAGCGACGAAGACGAAGACGGCAGCAAUGCCCGAAAGAAGCUGAGGCUCACAAAGGAACAAUCUGCUCUUCUUGAAGAUAGCUUCAAACAACACAGCACUCUCAAUCCUAAACAGAAGCAAGCUUUGGCGAGGCAGUUAAAUCUGAGGCCUCGGCAAGUAGAAGUGUGGUUCCAGAAUAGGAGAGCGAGAACAAAGCUGAAGCAGACGGAAGUGGACUGCGAGUUCUUGAAGAAAUGCUGCGAAACAUUGACGGACGAGAACAGAAGGCUAAAGAAGGAGCUUCAAGAACUGAAGGCGCUCAAGCUGGCACAACCCUUGUACAUGCCUAUGCCGGCGGCAACGCUCACCAUCUGCCCCUCUUGCGAGAGGCUCUCCAACGACCCCCCCGCCAAGCCUCACUUCUAUAACCCCUUCACCAACCCCUCUGCAGCAUGUUGAUGCCUUAAUUACUAUCCUCACAACCAUUGUAUUUUUUUGGUUCGAGGCAUCCGGCAUCCAUACCUACCUACCUACCUACCUAUAGGGGAACGCUGUAAUUAACUAAUACCGUAGAUAAUAUCAUAGCAACUGCUCAUUAAGAUUUCUUUUCUUUUUUGCUUUCCUUUAAUGUAUGUUUAUAAAUCAUUAUACAAGACUUCUCCAUCCAUCAAA